GCCGCGGGGCUGCCGGAGCCCGCCGGGACCCACCAUGCGGGAGCUGGCGAUCGAGAUCGGCAUACGGGUCCUGCUCUUCGGGGUCUUCGUUUUUACAGAAUUUUUGGAUCCAUUCCAGCGAGUUAUCCAGCCAGAAGAGAUCUGGCUGUAUAAAAAUCCUUUGGUGCAAUCAGACAACAUACCUACGCGUCUUAUGUUUGCAAUUUCGUUCCUUACGCCACUAGCAGUCAUUUUUGUGGUGAAAAUAAUCCGGCGAACAGACAAGACUGAAAUUAAAGAGGCUUUCUUAGCUGUUUCCUUGGCUCUAGCUCUGAAUGGCGUCUGCACAAAUACUAUUAAAUUAAUAGUGGGAAGACCGCGUCCCGAUUUCUUUUACCGCUGCUUUCCAGAUGGAGUAAUGAACUCUGAAAUGCACUGCACAGGUGAUCCAGAUCUGGUGUCUGAAGGCAGAAAAAGCUUUCCGAGUAUCCACUCUUCCUUUGCAUUUUCAGGCCUUGGCUUUACCACCUUCUACUUAGCUGGAAAGUUACACUGCUUCACGGAAAAUGGCCGGGGGAAGAGCUGGCGGCUUUGUGCAGCAAUUCUCCCACUCUACUGUGCCAUGAUGAUUGCCCUGUCACGUAUGUGUGAUUACAAACAUCACUGGCAAGAUGCUUUCGUUGGAGGGAUCAUUGGCCUCAUUUUUGCUUAUAUUUGCUACAGACAACACUACCCUCCCUUGGGUAAUACAGCUUGUCAUAAAUCUUACGUCAGCCUGCUAGAUCAGAACUCUGUGAAGAAAGAAGAGAGACCUACAGCAGAUAACGCUACUGGCCUGCCUCUAGAGGGAAUAACUGAAGGUCCCGUAUGACUUUAAGAAAUGUGCAGAAUGAACUUUUAGCCUUCUCACGUUUCCUCCAAACUGGUCUCUUAACA